AUGAAGUUUGGUGAGCAUUUGGAGCGGGAAUCCGUUCCAGAAUGGAAUCUACAUAAUCUCGAUUACAAUUCCAUCAAGCAUGAGAUCAAGAUGCACACGACGCGCGACCAGGCCACGGCUAUGGCCAUCCCUGGACACAAAGAUGAGGCCUUGUCUCGGUUUGAAGACGAUUUGUAUAUGGAACUUGGUCGCCAGCAUGAAAGGCUGCAGCUCUUUGUCUCAAGCAAGGCAGAUGAGAUUUCACGUCGAUUAGAGCAUCUUGCCAAGAACAUCAAUCGGUGGGCGUCGAAGAGUCAAGAUGAACUCGCCGAUAACUCUGCCAUAAAACAUCAGAGAAGAUUUACAAAAUAUGAACGUGAGCUGGUUCGUUGCGGCGGUGACAUUCAUGCCCUUGAGCGUUUCGUCAACGCCCAGACCGUCGCGUUCCGGAAGAUCACCAAAAAAUACAAGAAAUGGACUGGCUCUACGACACUUGGUACUCGUCUCUACGAGAAUAUCCUCUCUGAUCCCAAAAGCUUUACUCGCCGAGACUUUUCAUCCUUACAACAACGAUAUGACGACAUCACCUGUACUCUCAACGCUGCUGCUCCUACAAUGAGCGAGCCUAGUUCGCCAGACUCCCCAGCACAUUCUUACCGGCGUCAGUCCCUCUCUGGGUCUCUUUACUCGGCAAAUCGUCACCCUGCCAACCGCUCACAUCCUACUUUCGAGCCUUUGCCUCCACCGCAGAUGGAAGAGCAAACUAAGUAUUGGAAUGAAUAUGAUGAUGGAAGUGAAUGCGGAGGUGAUGAUGACGGAUAUGCUAUCUAUAUCAACCCGGAUGAAAGCACUAACUUUCCGGGCAUCGACUAUUUACAGGGUAUCUUCAAAGGACCUCUUAACAAGGCGAAGUGUUGGUUCAGGCAUAACAAAGCUGAGGAGCGGCAGGCUCUCCUUGGUGCCGACCAUUCGCCCUGCCAAUACUCCAGCACAACCUUUAAUAGCAGUGAAUCAGAUGAGGAGGCAGGAUAUGCCAGCUCAGACGGCUUCCCCACAACCGGAUAUGCUACUCACUACGCUCUCCCUAGCCUCAGCCACCAGCAGGCACACUUGUACCGCGAGAAGACUCUGUUCUGGGGCACCGUUGGUUCCUUCGCUAUCUCCUUUCUCCUCCUCCUUGUUGCAGGCACGCUCAUCUCCACCGGCCGACACAAGCUCCGAGCCGAAGUUGAUGCGGGCGUUACUGUUGGCGUAGUUGCGAGUUUAUUCACUGCGUGCAGUGCCCUCGGCAUGACGCUAUACCGGAAUGACCAACUCUCAUUACCGCACCUACUGGCAGUUUGGGCCACCUUCAUCGCAUCUUGCACCCUUAACGGCAUGCUACUAGUUCUUGUCGUGGGAAACACCCCAUGA